GCUCGUUGUAUCAAACCCGCUGGGAACUUACCGCGCCUAGGCCAUAACGCGCUCCUGCAGCAUUCACCGUUGCCGUCGUGGUUCGACUGAUUUGUGGGGUGAAAUCCCGUCAUGAAGGAGUCCCGAGAGUGGCUGCUUGCCAAUCUUCACUAUGUCUACCCAGUAGUCAUCUUCUUGUACUUCGCUGUAGCGUCAGCCGUAGCGGCCUGCACCCUGCAGACGUCAUCCCCAGUCAUCAAAACCAAGCAUGGCCGGCCGAAGACCAUCAUUGGUCUGCUUUUGCUGCUCACGCUCUCCUACUUUGGCCAGCUCACGGCAAAGAUUGUUGAGUACAUGAUCUUGCAAUUGUGGCCCAAGCCGGACGUCAUCGUGGGCUUGCUAUCAUGCAUCCUGGUUUUUGGUAUCGAGCAGACGUCAUUGGGAGACGCCUCGACCACCGUCUGGUACCCAUUCUACGGCUCUUGGCUUAUUGCCCUAGCCUUUGACCCCGUCAUCUUGGUCCUUGCCAUCCUCGCUUCACCCGGAACUCAGCCUGAAGCUGCCAAUGCCUUCUUGUGGGUAGACUGCGGCAUCAUCGUCGCUCGCUGCGUGAUUCUGCUCACAACCAUUCUGGCCUACUUCAUUUGGCGAGACAGGACUCAGCUUCCGGGUAACGACAGCGAGCGAAGUCCCUUGAUACCCAAGCCCGACCAGAGACCCAACAACGGUGAUGCAUCUACGGACAGUGGCUAUGGGACCAACUCGGAAAGCAACACGGAAGCGACAAAUUCGCCGAGCGACGCCGAGUCGCCUUGGGAACGUCAAGAACGCGAAGGUCGUGAGCAGAUGGAAAAGCGUCUGAAAAGUGAGGGAAGCUGGAUCGCGUAUGCUAAGGGGUUCAUGGUCUUCUUUCCCUACGUCUGGCCAGUCAAGAACCGCCGUCUGCAGAUCCAAGCUGCUCUUGUGGCCGUUUGCCUGAUCAUCGGGAACGCCCUGAAUGUUCUCAUUCCGCGCCAGAUGGGAAUCGUCCUGGACACGCUCAAUAAGCCUGCGGGCCGCAAUCCUUGGGUGGAGGUCAUGAUCCUGGCAGGCCUGAAGCUAGCGUCCUCCGAGGCUGGUAUCAACUUUGUUCGGCAACUGCUCUGGAUCCCGGUGGAGUACCACUCGAGCGAAUCCCUGGCCAUUGCGGCUUACUCGCAUGUCAUGAAUCUGUCCUCCGAAUUUCAUGACAACAUGAGUUCUUCGGAUCUGAUCGUUGCCAUCUCCAACGUCCAAUCAGUUUCUAGCAUGCUUGAAUCGGUCUGCUUUCAAGCCUUGCCGAUGCUGAUUGAUCUCGUCGUGGCCUUCAUCUACCUAUCCGCCACAUUUGGCCCAUAUGAGGGUUUCAUCACCGUUGCCACUGGCAUGGCCUUCAUCCACGUAGCGACGUGGAUGAUUGCACGUGUCAAGGAUAAGAGGAAGACCAUGGUCAAAACUUUCUUUGAAGAGCACUAUCGUCGACAAGCAGGUAUUCAAGGAUGGCUCACUGUUAGUGCAUUCAACCAAAUCCCUUACGAGGAGGAGCGAUAUGAAGUUGCUGCCAAGGCCAAGAAUUCGUCGAUGAAGAACUUGUACUAUGGUUAUCUGGCUGGCCAUGCUUUCCAGUAUCUCAUCCUCCUGUGCGGCUUGAUCGCUGGUGCGUUCUUGGCUGUUUACCAGGUUAUUCAACAGGAGCGAACCGCAGGUGAUUUUGCCAUGCUCCUGGCUUACUGGGGACAACUCACAUCACCACUCCGCUUCUUUGCGAGCCUAGGAAAGAGCAUCAGCCAGGAGUUGGUGUACGCUGAGCGUCUCCUCGAUGUCAUGUUGACAAAGCCGACGGUCGUCGACAAGCCAAACGCGAAACCACUGGAACUCAAAGGGGGUAGAGUCGAGUUCCGCAACGUCAACUUCAGUUACGACAAGAAGCAGGACAUCUUGAAGGGCGUGAAGUUGUCGGUGCCUGUGGGUAAGACGGUUGCAUUUGUCGGUGCCACGGGAGCGGGUAAAUCGACCAUUCUUAAGCUCCUGGACCGUUUCUACGAUGUAAAGGGUGGAUCAAUCCAGAUCGAUGGGCAAGAUAUCCGUGACGUGCAACUGUCGAGUCUCCGUCAAAGUAUCGGCAUCGUUCCUCAGUCGCCAAUUCUCUUCGAUGAUACCAUCAUGAACAACAUCCGCUACGCUCGACUCACUGCAUCGGAUGAGGAGAUAUAUGCCGCCUGCAAAGCUGCCGCUAUCCAUGAGCAUAUCAUGGGUUUCAGCGAGGGUUACAAGACCCGGGUUGGUGAACGCGGGGUCAAAGUCUCCGGUGGCGAAUUGCAGCGCAUUGCGAUUGCACGCGCUAUCUUGAAGCGCCCUGAUAUUGUUCUCCUUGACGAGGCAACGAGCUCCGUCGACACGGAGACGGAGCAGAAGAUUCAGGAUGGACUCCGUAUUUUGUGUGAGGGGAGAACAACGUUCAUCGUUGCACACCGUCUGUCGACCGUCAUGAAUGCCGACAUUAUUUUCGUUGUUUCCGGUGGUGAAGUUGUGGAGCAAGGCAGCCAUGAGGAUCUUCUGAAGAAGAAGGGUAAAUACUCAGAGCUUUGGUCAAAGCAGAUCUUUGUGAAGCCUAAGGAGUCUCAGCAAGAUCAGGAGGUCGAACAAGCGCCGCAAACCGAAUCUCAGCAGCAACAGUCGGAAGGUACUAACGAAGGGCAACCCGCCAACCUGCCAUCAACGGCAUCGACAACGAAUGGCAAUCGUCGCCAAAACUCGACCCCGAAAUUGGAUACUAACAUGGCAAGCAAGGCCAAUGAUGAGGCUGUGAAGACUCCCAGUGGGCACACGAAAGAGGUAGAUCAGUCGAAAGAUCGUUCUUGAUUUUUUGACUGAUACUAACCUCUUUCGCAGGGUUCGAAGCUGAAUCCUGGUGCACCUGAGUUCACGCCUCGAUCAACAGCUGCGCCAAAAAUCGCCAAUGACUCCCCAACCCGAAGCGACUGGGCGGAUGAUGUGGAGGCCCAUGUUGCUUCUCAGCAAGCA